CGCGUUCCGGGUCCGCUCCCCAGAGGCCUAGGCGCCGCCGCUGUGAGGGCGCGGGGCAGACAAAGGAGGCAGACAAAGGCGGGCGCAGCCCAGCGGCCGUGCAGGCACCGGGCGAGGCGGGCCCACUCCUCCCGGUAGCGGGAAGGAUGACCACGCUUACACGGCAGGACCUCAACUUUGGCCAAGUGGUGGCCGAUGUGCUCUGCGAGUUUCUGGAGGUGGCUGUGCAUCUCAUCCUCUACGUGCACGAGGUCUACCCGGUGGGCAUUUUCCAGAAACGUAAGAAGUACAACGUGCCGGUCCAGAUGUCCUGCCACCCGGAGCUGAAUCAGUAUAUCCAGGAUACGCUGCACUGCGUCAAGCCACUCCUGGAGAAGAAUGAUGUGGAGAAAGUGGUGGUGGUGAUUUUGGAUAAAGAGCACCGCCCAGUGGAGAAAUUCGUCUUUGAGAUCACCCAGCCUCCACUGCUAUCCAUCAGCUCAGACUCCCUUUUGUCUCACGUGGAGCAGCUGCUCCGAGCCUUCAUCCUGAAGAUCAGCGUGUGCGAUGCUGUCCUGCACCACAAUGCCCUAGGCUGUACCUUCACAGUCCUGGUGCACACGAGAGAAGCUGCCACUCGCAACAUGGAGAAAAUCCAGGUCAUCAAGGAUUUUCCCUGGAUCCUGGCAGAUGAGCAGGAUGUCCACAUGCAUGACCCCCGGCUGAUACCACUGAAAACCAUGACGUCGGACAUUUUAAAGAUGCAGCUUUACGUGGAAGAGCGCGCCCAUAAAGGCAGCUGAGGGGGCAUCUGCCACCCCACUGAUGCCCGAACUGUCAGACUUAGGGGCAUCCCCACCUAGGGCAGUGCUGCACGGCUGCCCUGAUUCCAAGUGCUCUUAUCACCU